GAGGGGCUGCCCCAGGUGGCCCCGGCCCUUCCUCGCCCGCAGCCCCGGGGAGAGCGGCCGGCGCCGCAGGAGCCCGAGCACCCAUGCCCGGUAAGUGCGGCGGGGCCGGGGGCUCCCUCCUCCCUGCAGCUGCCGCCGCGCAGCCUGAGCCCUGCUCCCCUCCCCGCAUGACAUGUGGGGGAGAAAUCGACUCCAGCUUGCCUCCGAAGCUGAAGGGCUGCAAACCCUCCGCCAUGCCCCUCUGGAGCUGGAACAAGCAGUUGCUGUUGCUGGAGGUAUACUAGGAGGAAUCCUUUUCUUUGUUCUCAUUGGAAUAACUGCAUACCUGCUUUGGAGGAAAUUUUGCUGCUUCCUUUCUUACAAGAAGUUCAUCAGUCCUGUCAAAACAACAAAUAAAAAUGGCCUUUUUCAGGAUCAGUCAACUUCUGAAAUUCAACCAAAAAUCACAAGCAGAUCCAGAAGCAUUCCAUUUAUCAUUCCACCGACACUGCAGGGGCGAGACUGGAUUAACCUGACUAACGAAGAGCACAUUCAGGAUGACAGGGAUCCCUACAUGAUUCCUCAGUCCGGACCACGGUCAUCAUUUCAUUCUUUGGCUGGAGCUUAUGUUGUAGGAACCAUUAACCCAGAGCUGUACAAGUUUCCUGAAGACAGAAGUGAGACGGAUUUCCCUGAAGGCAACAUUGGCCGCCUCUGGUUCUCCAUAGAGUAUGAGCAAGAGUCAGAAAGGCUCCUCGUCUCUUUGAUCAAAGUCAGAAAGCUGCAGCCUCCUGCUGAUUCCUGUAGUCCAUUUGUGAAAAUCUACUUGCUGCCUGAUGAAAGAAGCUACUUGCAGUCCAAAACAAAACGCAAAACACUUAACCCACAGUUUGAUGAAAACUUUGUUUUUCAGGUUUCCAGCAGAAUGUUGCUCCAAAGGACUCUGAAGUUUUUAGUUUAUCAUGUUGAUAAACAGAAAAAGCAUCAUCUCCUAGGCCAAGUUAUCUUCCCACUGAAAAAUGAAACAUUAACUGAUGACAACAAAGUAGUCAUAUGGAGAGAUCUGGAGAAAGAAAACUUAGAGCCUCCUUCAGAGUAUGGCGAUGUCCAGUUCUCCCUCAGCUACAAUGACUACCUGGGCCGUCUCACUGUAGUGGUUCUAAGGGCAAGGGGAUUAAAACUCCAGGAGGAGAGCCAUGCUGUCAGUGUGUAUAUCAAAGUCUCACUAAUGAACCAUAAUAAAUUCAUCAAAAGUAAAAAGACAGCAGCUGUUCUCGGAUCUCCCAAUCCAGUUUAUAAUGAAACCUUCAGUUUCAAGGCAGAUCAGACAGAGCUUGAUACAGCGAGUCUCAGUCUAUCUGUGCUCCAGACUACCAAGGGAGAAAAAACACAUCUGCUAGGACGUGUAGUAGUUGGGCCUUUCAUGUACACCCGUGGCAAAGAACUAGAGCACUGGAAUGAAAUGAUCAGCAAGCCCAAGGAGUUGGUUAAACGAUGGCACACUCUCUGCCACAGCAUGUAAACACCAUUGAUAAAAAAAACAACCAUAAAAUGGAAAAGCUCUCACUAUCUUUCAGAAUCUUAUGAAGGGUACAAAAUCUUUGACCACUCCUAAGUAGACAAAAAUAAAGCAAAUUCUUUAUUUGUCCAAAUACAAAGAGAAGACUUGGUCCCUGCUAAGCUGUAACUAUCUUUCCUCUCUUCAAAACAUAUUUUCAAUUUAAUUAAUAUGCAGCACAGUAAGCAGAACAGAAGGACAAGCACAAGCUCCCAGUAUUAGUUGUUUUGACCAGUAAAUUCCAAUUCUUUGUAAUGACUGCUGGGCACAAAUGGUCAUCCAUCAUGUGGAUAGAACCCAAAAUGACUUAAGAAUCAUCAAUGAUGAUACCAGGCCUAACUGUCCACUGCACUGCAUCACCACCGAGUAGCUUCACCAAAAGGGGUGGAAGCCCAGCAAACAUGCCAAAACACACAAAGCCCAGAUGACUUUGACUGACUACUAAAUUUACAAUUUAUUUAAAAUAGCAUCAUGAACUUUAAAACCUCUUUCAAAUAUGAAUGGUGGAAGGCACUGAGUGGUUAUUGAUCAAAAACCCGGAAGCACCUGUUAACAUCCCUCAGCACAGUGUAUUUCUUGCAAUAAUUCAGUUAGAUGUUUUCAGCUAACCCAAACGUACAACACUUCGUGUUGAUGCUAAGGGAGAAGCAUAAAAAGAAGUCCUGAAGUCUCAAAUUAUUGGAGGCUUGCAGGAGUACUGGAGUACUCUGAGAAAAUAAUAUAGGGGACAUGCCCUGUCCUUAUAUAUUUCUUCCUAAGCAUGUCUCUUCUGGACAAGAAUUUUGGGUCUGAUCUAGUAUGAUCACUCUUACAUUGAAAAUCCAAUUAGUUUAUGCCCCCAGGACAUAAGUCUGUCUUUUAAGUAAAUUGCUGUUCUGUGAAAUAAUUCAGAGUAAUUAUUUUUAAUAAAAAUAAAUAGGACAUUCUUCUCUUCUUGAUUGUUCAACCAGGGACCUGAACUCUAUACCUUUUAUGCCAUACAGUCAUAAACCAGACACAGACUAUUGCAGCAAAACAUUUUGUACAGUUAUGUUCCAAGACAAUCAAUCUCUGCAGCUCAAAGCAUACUUCCUUUUGAACAGGAUACAACUUUAACUUCAUAUAUUUAAAAAAAGGCAUCUCUGGGGAGAUAAGAACAUUUUCCAUGUUGAUAAUAUUGUUAUUAACUAAAGGAAAUACUGCAAAUGAAAAUAUAUCUGAGAGGAAUUGUAAUAUAAACUCUACUUCACCUGAUGCCCCAUUUGAAACAUUACAUGGUCCCCUCAGUCCAUCUUGCAAACUGCACCAUGGGAUAUAAGAUAAACCUCAACUAAUUGCAUUUAAUUUUACUAAAUAUUCAACCCUUAUUAUAACCCUGCUAAACCCGUAAUGCCAGUAUCCUCAACCCCUAAAAGCUGUUUCCAAUUUUUUCUCCUACAAAAAUACUGAAAACCAAUCUAAGAGGCAAUAUGUUAGAUCUGGGAAGGCAACCUAUACAUACAUUCUAUUGUAUCACUAUGAUAAAGCAAUUUUACCAAAUACAUUAUGUCUUUCUACGGUUUAAGAACAAUAAACAUUAAAGAUCCUACAAGGAAACUUUAAGAAUGUUUGAGACAGUUAGGUUCACUAGCUUGUGCAGAAAAAAGUGUGUAGAAUAUGGUGUCUAUUAGCAUAAAAAAGUGGGAAGUCACCUGAUUUGAUGUACAGUACAGUCCAAAUAAUAAAACAAUGCAUUGUACUAA